GUGAGAAACAUCCCGGCGUUCAGCUCAUCCUUUUCUCUUCCCGGACAGUUUAAUGAUCCUCUACAGAAAUGCGUUAGAUUCACAGCGACACUCUUCCCUUUAACUCAUCUCUCUCUCUCUCUCUCUCUGCUGCACCGCUCACCAACUCUGUGCAUGAGUCACUUUUCACUUCUCUUCCAGCCAAAGUGCUUUUUCUUUUAAAAAAAUAUAUAUAUAUUUAAAAAGCCAGAGGCCUGAAAGAUGGGGUGCACAGCGAGCUCCGGUGACAGAGCGGCUAAUGACAGGAGCCGGCAGAUCGACAAGAAUUUACGGGAUGAAGGAGAAAGAGCUGCCCGCGAGGUCAAACUGCUGCUUCUCGGUGCUGGUGAAUCUGGGAAGAGUACAAUUGUCAAACAAAUGAAAAUCAUCCACCAGUCCGGUUACUCAGAAGAGGAGUGCCAUCAGUUACGGGCUGUGGUGUACAGCAACACCACUCAGUCCUUGAUGAUAAUCGUCAGGGCCAUGGAGCGUUUGGAGAUCGAUUUUGCUGAUGCUGCUCGUGCUGAUGAUGCAAGGCAGUUGUUUGCACUUGCAAGCACAGUUGAUGAAGGCAACAUGAGCACAGAGCUCGCUGGAAUCCUCAAGCGCCUAUGGACAGAUGGAGGUGUGCAGAUAUGCUUCGGUCGCUCCAGGGAGUACCAUCUCAAUGACUCGGCUUCAUACUACCUGAAUGAUCUCGACAGGAUAGCAGUCGCUGGUUACAUCCCCACGCAACAGGAUGUCCUCAGGACCAGAGUGAAGACCACUGGUAUUGUUGAGACCCACUUCACCUUCAAGGAUCUUCACUUCAAGAUGUUUGACGUGGGUGGCCAGAGAUCUGAGAGAAAGAAGUGGAUUCAUUGCUUCGAGGGCGUAACCGCCAUCAUUUACUGCGCCUCUAUGAGUGAUUACGACCUGGUUCUGGCUGAGGAUGAGGAAAUGAACCGCAUGCACGAGAGCAUGAAGCUGUUUGACAGCAUCUGCAACAAUAAGUGGUUCGAAGAGACGUCCAUCAUCCUCUUCCUCAAUAAGAAAGAUCUGUUUGAGGAGAAAGUCAAGAAAAGCCCUCUGACCAUUUGCUUCCCCGAAUACAGUGGCUCAAACUCGUAUGAAGAAACGUCUGGCUAUAUCCAGAAACAGUUCGAGGACCUGAACCAGAAGAAGGAAUCCAAGGAAAUCUACACUCACUUCACUUGCGCAACAGACACUAAGAACGUGCAGUUUGUCUUUGACGCUGUCACUGAUGUCAUCAUCAAGAACAACCUGAAAGAUUGUGGGCUGUUCUAGAGCCACAUCUUACAUAAGGCGACGAAAAUAUACAGACAGAAAGUAGCUGGGAGAAGUAUGGCUGCAGCGAGGUCGACUACAAACACGGAAUAUCCGUUAUGUAAACAUUUUAUUUAUCUUCUCUAAACAUUCUUAUUGUUUCAGGGGAAAAAAAUACAAAACCAAGAUCUUGAUGUCAAAUAUUUGUACAACUGUAAUUGUUGCUGGAACUGUUUUUAAAAAAUAUAAUAAUUUAUAGUUGCUUUCUGAAGGGUUAUUUUUUCACACUGAAGGUUUUGGGGAAUAUCUUUUUAUUCUCUGCUUUUAAUUUUGUCCUCUAAGCUGCUCGAAUGUAGAUCUAAGGCUUUGGUAUGUAAUCAUGUAACACCCUAGUAACACUCUUUUCCGCGGGCGACUCUGAUGAUGACAGAGUUGACCAAACAAUCCUGUGGUGUACGCCUCAAUAAUAAGAUUAGUAUAGAGACUGCUUUGUGUGCAAAACAUAAUAGAUGGAUGGGAUUUCCCCGAAUCCAUCUGACCCCACAGAAUUUGCAUUCAUCAUGUGUGAUAAAUCUGUAGUUCGAUUACGAAGAUGAACAGAGUGGCGAUAAAGGGACUAAAGAGACUGUUGAAGAGAAAAUGAGGAAUGGUUUAAAGAAGUGAUGACUUUGAAAACAUGGAGGCACGGUAUACGAAAAUGAAGAUGUAGUGAUGGGCAUUUUGCUCACAGGGAACCUUUUUAAAGGGUCCAGAGCACCUCGUUAAAUCGUUUCUGUAGCAUUUAAGUACCCCUUCACUUCUCAUCCAAGUGCAUUGGACACUAUUGAACUGCCUGUUAGACUUGCUUAAAAAAUAUGAGUGAAGAAUGUGACGAGUAGACAUUUAGUUAUUUAUGACUAAUUUUAUUAGUUUGAUGCACCUCGGUGUACUGUAUGUCCCUGACUGUCUCUGUUCUCAUUGGUUGGGAAUAGCUAACCAAUAUCCACUAUUUUGCUAAUAAAAUGUGCUGUGAUUUAUCUCAUGGCAUUUUGAAACAGA